UGCAGGCAGGGAAGUAGUGAAGCCGCAGGUAUGGAAGGUGGUGAAGGUAUGGAAGGUGCUAAAGCUGCAGGUAUGGAAGGCAGUGAAGCUGUAGGUAUGGAAGGCAGUGAAGCUGCAGGUAUGGAAGGCAGUGAAGCUGCAGGCAGGGAAGUAGUGAAGCCGCAGGUAUGGAAGGUGGUGAAGGUAUGGAAGGUGGUGGAGCUGCAGGUAUGGAAGAUGGUGGAGCUGCAGAUAUGGAAGGUGGUGAAGCUGCAGGUAUGGAAGGCGGUGGAGCUGUAAGUUUGGAAGAUGGUGAAGAUGGUUUUGCAAGUUUGGAAGGUGAAGCUGCACUCUCUGAAGAUCUCAGUAGGUGAAUGGGGUGUGUUCACUAAUCCAGGAUAAACCAUGUGACCUCAUACACACUCUCCAUCUUUAUCCUCUUAGGGAUUCACUUUAAUCCCUCCAUCAGCUUUUCUCUCUCUCAGGAGACAUCAUGGCUGCUCCUGGACAGAAGGUGGUGUUGAUCACAGGUUGUUCUUCAGGAAUCGGGCUGUGUAUCGCUACGCUGCUCGCUAAAGAUGAACAACAGAGAUAUUACGUGAUAGCUACGAUGAGGGACCUGAAGAAGAAAGAUCGGCUGUUGGAGGCGGUGGGUGAUGCGUACGGCAAAACUCUCUCUCUCCUCACGCUUGACGUGUGCAGUGACGAGUCUGUCUCAGAGUGUAUCAACAGCAUUAAAGACAGAUACAUAGACAUUCUGAUUAAUAACGCAGGUGUGGGUCUGGUCAGCCCGGUGGAGUGUGUGUCCAUGGAGGAGGUGAGGAGUGUGUUUGAGACGAACGUGUUCGGAGUGAUCAGGAUGAUUAAAGCUGUUGUUCCGGACAUGAAGAAACGCCGAGCGGGACACAUCAUCAUCAUCAGCAGCACCAUGGGCCUGCAAGGUGUGGUGUUUAACGAUGUCUAUGCUGCGUCUAAGUUCGCUGUGGAGGGGUUUUGUGAAAGUCUUGCUGUGCAGCUUCUCAAGUUUAACAUCACUGUAUCGAUGAUCGAGCCUGGUCCUGUCCACACUGACUUUGAGCUGAAAAUGACGGAGCACAUCUCUCAGAAAGACUACCCUGGACUUGAUGCUGAAACACUGCACUACUUCAAGAAUGUUUAUCUUCCUGCAUCAGUGGACGUCUUUCAAACGCUUGGGCAAACACCCCAGCAGAUCGCCAUGAGCACUAAGCAGGUGAUGGAGACGCGGCGUCCUCGUUUCCGCACCCUGACGAACCCUCUGUACACUCCGCUGGUGGCUCUGAAGAUGGCUGACGAGAGCGGAGACCUCUCUGUACGCUCGCUUUAUCACCUGCUCUUUAACCUGGGUGGAGUCAUGAAGAUCAGCAUGAACAUACUCAAGUGCCUUACCUGUGCGUGUUUACGGAGUAGAACUGUCUCACCUGACUAACACACACACACACACACACACACACACACACACACACACACACACACACACAAAAUCCUUCAUCGUUCCCUCCCCAUUAGUCAAUCAUACAAUCUAGGCAAGGAUAUGUGAAACAUUACUGUUAUUUUAUCUGUAAAAAUGCUGUAUAUAAUUGUUAUAAACUUCUCAUACAGAAACUCAGAUACUUUGCAGGGCUGUACAGUCUAAUCCUACGUUCACACUAACGGACGACAAGUCAUUCGUUACGCUUGGAGUUUUUCUCGUGUGUGUAGCGGUGCUACUGUUGCUAAACACAUAUUAAAUAACACACUAAUCAGUGUGAAAAUCGGUUGUGUGAUUAACAUGUUACAUGAUUGGAUUCGUACUAGCUUUAUUCUUUGCUAAUUAGAUUAGCAAAGCGAUCUAACUGUACUGGCUACGUACACGCACCAGAGGCAUCAAUCAUCUCUGCUACAUCCUUCUAAUCUUUAUUUUUCUUCAUAACGUCUCUAUAGACAUUUAAUGAGAGGAUGUAUAGGACAUGACAAGAUGAAACCAUGGUUAUAGGUUUUUCUUCCAGCUUUGUGUCACUACAGUAAUUUGGAACUAAUCUGAAGUGGGAACUAAAGUUGUGAGGUAGGAACUGAAGAAACAUCAGACCACAUUGGGUUUAUCACCUUACAGUAUAAUACCUACACAUAAUACCUUCAAAUUUCGUACUGUCUCUUGCUAGCGUGAUCCUACAGCAAAGCUUUCUAUACUUGUUUAAUUCAUUUCUUUCGCUAAAAAAAGUUAAAAAAUCUGAUUCUCAGGUGUAGUUUGUUGGUGUAUCAGGUGUAAUAUCUAUCAGUCCUCUGGAUGUGCGUCGUUCAUUCAUUCUGCUUGUCUGACUAAAUAAAAUAAGUCUCGAUGAA